AGAGUUGGUAGACAUGAUCCCUGCCCACCAGGAGCGUACAGGCUACCAGCCUGAGUUUGAGUCGAAUGACCCAGGGAUAAAAAGUUAUCUUGGAGCAGAACGAGUACUGUCCCAACACCUUUUAAAAAAAAAAAAAAACUACGUUGCAAUUUAUAAAUCAAAUUAAGGAACAAGUGCGACAGAUGGUGGAACACCAAAGCAUAAGAGAUCCAGAACUUUGCAGACUGCCAAGAACAUCUGUGUACAUCAUUAAAAAAGUAAUAUUGGCCCUGUGCAUGUCAUCCCAAUACCUCUGAAGAGUGAAGGUGGCUUCAGCCUCAUCACAGCCAGGAGGGGAUCCCGAAGGAAUGCAUCCCAACUUUAGUAUUCUCCUAGACACACUCUCAUUGAAGAUGAAACCCUGUGAAAGAGAAACUCUAUCAAUGUACAAAGUCCUGGCACUUAUCCCAACUUCGAAAGGAAUCACCAGUUAGAGCCAUAAAAAUGACAGAGAACCUGGAUCGGGUGGCAUGUCCAUAGACUCCACAUCCUGCUCUUUGAGUAGUUCUGUCAACACUUCUUAUGGACCUUAAUGUCAGGUGCAAGAUAGGCUCACACACAAUGAAGUCUUGGAACAAAAUCAGUUUUCUAGCAUUGAAGCUGUGUUCACCUCAAGACAGUGUCAUUGGGUGUGACCUACGAAGAGAACGGAUGGUCCUAGGAUUCCCUCCACAACUGCUAAUGGUGAGCUGAAAUUGGACCACCAAAGCCAAGGCAGGGAGAGGAAAAGUUUUAAGGAAGCAGGAAAGCUUCAGAUAAUACUGCAUCUCAUCUGAACGCUGGGAGAUAACUACAGCAGACAAGACCACCAGUUGUACAGCAGUCAAGGAAGGAGUGGUUUUUUGGAGCAGAAGCUCUGAGUGGAUUGUAAGAUGGAGGCAAAAGUGGAAAAAGUGCCAGGCGCUGCAAACAACAAUCUGCACUCAAUAUCACCUAUGAUCUAGCCCAGUGUGUUAAUCGUGAGUUACAAGGAAGUUGCAAAGUCAUCAGCUCAGUUUGGAUCUUAUAAGCAAACUGAAUGGAGACCAGAUAGUACUAUGAUAGCCGUGUCAACUACAAAUGGCUAUAUCUUAUUUUUUCAAAUUGUAACAGCAAGAGGGGAGAGGUACCUUUAUGAGCCUGUGUAUCCCAAGGGAAGCCCACAUGUAAAAGGAACCUUACAUUUUAAGGAGGAACAAUGUGCUCCAUCAUUAAAUCUGGAAAUGAAGAAAGUAUUGGAUCUGCAAGCCCCCAUCACCUGUUUAAAGUCCAUGCUGGAGGACGAUCUUCUGGUUGCCACUUGUGAUGGGAUGCUCCAUCACAUUCACUGGGAUGGAAUGACCAAUGGGAGGAAAGCCAUCAACCUCAGUACUGUACCCUUUUCAGUGGACCUGCAGUCAUCUCGAGCAGGUUCGUUCCUUGGCUUUGAAGAUGUGCAUAUAAGAGAUAUGGAAUAUUGUGUCACCCUUGACGGGUUUGCUGUUGUGUUUAAUGAUGGCAGAGUCGGAUUCAUCACACCAGUGUCUAAUAGGUUCACUGCUGAGCAACUUCAUGGAGUUUGGGCACAAGAUGUUGUUGAUGGAACCUGCAUAGCGGUGAAUAACAAGUAUAGAUUAAUGGCUUUUGGAUGUGCCAGCGGCUCUGUACAAGUUUACACAAUAGAUAACACCACUGGAGUCAUGCAGCUGUCUCACAAAUUGGAACUUACACCAAAACAAUAUCCAGAUAUUUGGAAUAAAACAGGAGCUGUUAAAUUGAUCAGGUGGUCCCCUGACAACAGCGUUGUUAUGGUGACCUGGGAAUAUGGAGGCCUUUCCUUGUGGAGUGUCUUUGGUGCCCAGCUGAUUUGCACUCUUGGAGGCGAUUUUGCUUACCGGUCUGAUGGUACCAAAAAAGAAUCCCUUAAGGUCAGCUCUAUGAGCUGGGGUGCAGAAGGCUAUCACUUGUGGGUAAUUAGUGGCGACAGUCCUCACAAUGUGGAUGGUGAAUCUGAUAUCCAGAACAGGACUCUUCAGCCUGGCAUUCUACAAUUUCAGUUCAUUAAGAGUGCACUCACAGUUAACCCUUGUAUGAGCAACCAGGAGCAGGUACUACUUCAGGGGGAAGAUCGGUUGUACUUGAACUGUGGAGAUGCACCACAGACCCAGAAUCCCAGAAGUACUUCAGCACACUCUGAACAUAAGCUCAUUAGGGAAAAGAACCCUUUUCCAGAUGGCAGUUUAGAUUCUCAGGGUUUAAGCACUUUACUAGGUCACCGACAUUGGCAUGUUGUGCAGAUUCACAGCGCCUACCUGGAGAGCAAUUGGCCUAUUAGGUUUUCGGCUAUUGACAAGCUGGGACAGAAUGUUGCUGUAGUUGGCAAGUUUGGUUUUGCACAUUACUCUUCACUCACCAAAAAAUGGAAGCUGUUUGGAAACAUCACCCAGGAGCAAAAUAUGAUUGUGACGGGUGGAUUAGCCUGGUGGAAUGAUUUCAUUGUCCUUGCAUGUUAUAAUUUGCAUGACCGACAAGAAGAGCUGAGAGUCUACCUGCGGACAUCCAACCUGGACAAUGCUUUUGCUCAUGUCACCAAAGUGCAGGCAGAAACAUUACUGCUUAGUAUCUUCCGGGACAUGAUAAUAUUGUUUAGAGUGGAUUGUUCUAUAUGCCUUUAUAGUAUUGAAAGAAGACCCGAUGGUCCGAAUACGACUGUCAGUAUUCAGGUUCUCCAGGAGGUGUCCAUGUCUUGCUACAUUCCUCACCCAUUCCUGGUAGUGUCUGUUACUCUGACAUCAGUGAGAACAGAGACUGGAAUCACCUUAAAGAUGCCACAGCAGGCCUGUGACGCCGAAAGCAUUAUGCUAAAUCUGGCAGGACAGCUCAUCAUGGUGCAAAGAGAUAGGUCUGGCCCUCAGAUCCGGGAGAAGGACAGCAAUCCAAAUCGAAGGAAGCUUCUUCCGUUCUGUGCUCCUGUAGUGCUCGCCCAGAGUGUGGAAAAUGUCUGGACCACCUGCCGGGCCAACAAACAGAAACGCCACCUGCUGGAGGCCCUGUGGCUCAGCUGUGGCGGGGCGGGAAUGAAAGUCUGGCUCCCUCUGUUUCCCAGGGACUACCGCAAACCGCAUUCCUUCCUGUCAAGACGGAUCAUGCUGCCUUUCCACAUCAACAUUUACCCCUUGGCCGUCCUGUUUGAGGAUGCCUUGGUCCUGGGUGCUGUCAAUGACACUCUGCUUUACGACUGUUUGUACACUCACAGCAGUGCUAGGGAACACUUGGAGGUCCUCUUCCCUUUCUGUGUCGUAGAGAGGACCUCCCAGAUCUACCUCCAUCACAUUCUCCGCCAGCUUUUGGUCAGGAACCUGGGCGAGCAAGCCCUGCUCUUGGCCCACUCCUGUGCCGCAUUACCGUACUUCCCUCACGUGCUGGAGCUGAUGCUCCACGAAGUGCUGGAAGAAGAAGCUACCUCGCGGGAGCCCAUUCCCGACCCUCUGCUUCCCACCGUGGCCAAGUUCAUCACCGAGUUCCCCCUCUUCUUGCAGACGGUUGUCCACUGUGCCAGGAAGACUGAGUACGCCCUGUGGAAUUAUCUUUUUGCCGCUGUAGGGAACCCCAAGGAUUUGUUUGAGGAGUGCCUGAUGGCCCAGGAUUUGGACACAGCUGCCUCGUACCUUAUCAUCUUGCAGAAUAUGGAGGUUCCAGCGGUCAGUAGACAGCAUGCCACCCUCCUGUUCAACACAGCUCUGGAACAGGGAAAGUGGGAUCUGUGUCGACACAUGAUUAGGUUUCUGAAAGCCAUCGGCUCUGGAGAGUCUGACACCCCUCCAUCUACACCUCCAACUCAGGAACCCAGUUCAAGUGGUGGUUUUGAGUUCUUCAGAAAUCGCAGCAUUAGUUUAUCCCAGUCAGCUGAGAACCUUCCUGCUAGCAAAUUCAGUCUUCAAAAAACGCUAAGUAUGCCAUCUGGCCCUUCUGGAAAAAGGUGGAGCAAAGACAGUGACUGUGCUGAGAACCUGUAUAUUGACAUGAUGCUUUGGAGACAUGCCCGGCGCCUCCUGGAAGAAGUCCGGCUGAAGGACCUCGGGUGUUUUGCAGCCCAGCUGGGCUUUGAGCUGAUUGGCUGGCUGUGUAAAGAGCGCACUAGAGCUGCCCGGGUGGACGAUUUUGUGAUUGCUCUGAAAAGACUCCACAAAGAUUUCCUCUGGCCAUUUCCAGUCAUUCCAAUUUCCUCCAUCAAUUCUCCUUUCAAGAAUGGGAAAUCCCGGACAGUGAUGGGAGAACAAUUACUAAAGUCCCAGUCAGCUGAUACCUUUCCCAACCUUGAGAUGGAUGCCAGAAUCCCCAAUGCCUUACGCGGUCAGAGUUGGUUUGGCAGCAUUGGGCCUACCCACCGAGAGAUGGACCCCGGCUCCUCCUACAGUCCGCAUUCCCAAGACGCCUUCCUGUCACCGUUAUUAAACAAAGGUGACGAGUGCAGUAUUGGUUCAGCCACCGACCUGACGGAAACUAGUUCUAUGGUGGAUGGCGACUGGAUGGUGGUGGAUGAACAUUUUUCAACUCUGAGUUUAACCCAGUCAGAGCUAGAGCACCUGUCUCUGGAAUUGGCUAGCAAAGGACCCCACAAGUCCCAGGUCCAGCUCCGCUAUUUGCUGCACAUCUUCAUGGAAGCAGGGUGCCUGGAUUGGUGCAUUGUUCUUGGCCUUAUUCUUCGAGAAUCUUCGAUAAUCCACCAGGUUUUUAGUGCGAUGCAGUCUUCAGAAGUGGAUGGAGAGAUGUUACGGAACAUAAAGACGGGGCUUCAUGCCGUAGACCAGUGGGCCACUACAGAUUGCCCCGGAUACAAGCCAUUUUUAAACAUCAUUAAGCCCCCUUUACAGAAACUGAGCGAAGUCCCCGAAGAGCAGGUUCAGCCCGAAGCCUUUCAGCCCGUGGGGGCCUGUAUGGCUCCUGAACAGGCCAGCCCCAAGCCCGAGGAAGGCAGGAGCGUGGCUCUCCACAGCAGUGUUCUUCUGAGCGACGCUGCUGGCUCUAGUGCUGGGAGCCGGAACGAGGAGGACGUGGCAGGAGCCAAGGAAGAGGAGCCUUUCCGGGAUGGGAAUUACGACUGCACCCUGUCUUAAUGCGGAUGGGCAGAGGGGAUGGUGGUGGUGACAGCCAACUGACUACACUGUGAAAACAUCCUAGGCUUUAACUCGGGGGAGGGGGUGGGCUCCAGUUGAAAUAGACUUUGAUAAAGGGUUCUCAAGUUUAGACUGACUCUUUCACAUCAAAUUAAGUUGUUGGGAUUUACAAAUGACAGCGGGGAUUUCCCGUGUUUUUUAAGCUGCAGUGGACAAAUACGCUGUACGGAGACGUAAGUGAGAAGACUGGUUUUAACGGCGACUUGGACGGGGAUGUUGUUUUUCCCCGAUGUGGUCAUUCUAGGAAAAGUGUGGUGUAUCUAGGUACAUGCUCAACCCCGACGCACGUUGGUCAUUUGCUCCCGUGGGCAAGAAUGGCCCAAUGAGUGGGGUGCCCACGGAAAUGAAGAAAACUAGUGCUGGUUCUGUCGGGUAGGGCGGAUGAAAAUCAGAAUUGUGAAGCUUCCUAUAAGAUAAUUUGUAGACCUGUUUUAGCGAGCUUGAUUGUAAUGUAGUUUAGGCUGAUGGAACUGGGAUCUGAAGAAUUCAUAUCAGUUAUGCUGUUUGAUACCACUAAACUAUUUUUUCUUGUAUUAAAGAGCUGUGUAUAAAAAGAAAAACAAAAAAAACCACCAAAAAAACAAACCCCUAUCUCUGUGUGAAUACUCUUGUGUAAAUAUUUAAGGGAACUGCUGUGCUGGCUUGUAUCAUAGUGUGUAAGGCAUUGCUCUGUAUUCGGCAUGUCUCGCAGACUGGUGAAAAACAAAAAAGCGAGGCCUUCUACAUUACAGAUGCCCCACCCCCACCCCCCUUAACAGCUGGCUCAGACUACCGGAAUGGCCAUGUCCGUUCAGUAACGGCUGGAUUUAUGCAAAUUGACGUAGGUUCUUAUUUAUUGCAUUUGUAAAUUCUUUUGAAAAUGCAUUUCCUGUAAAUAGAACGGCUACUCUCGUGUAUAGAUCAGUGCUACUAACAAAACUAGUCCCGUAAACAAUGCAUACCUGUCACUUUGAAAAGCAUUUAAUAGCGUCUACCUGAAUACACGACUUAGUGGUGGCUCUCCUCUGACGGAGUUCCGGAAAGACACCUGCAGAGUCCUAGCUGCCUUGGGGCACCGGGACUCCCAACCUAUGCCUCUCUUUCCCUGCAUAUGGAAUAUUAAAUGCCUAUAACAGUAUUAAUUUAGAUAUUAGCGUGUUUGUACUGUGCAAUUUUGGACAAAGGUAUGCAACAUUAUUUUAUACAAAAGCAAUCUAGUUUAUUUUUGUAACAACAUUGUAUUUGAUGUGGACCAAAUUAGUACCACCCCAUCGAAGCAGCGUCUCGCCUCCUUUCCAGGUUGUUUCUUUACUCCCAUGCAGCUGUCCAUGCCCUUGCUCCUAGGGUGAAGGUAAAUGUUUGGUUUUCUUGAGACUCCAGAUCAUUUACUAAGGAUGCUUGCUUUAGUUCAACUUUGUCAGAUGUGUUUAAAAUGAUUUCACUUAAGUUUGGUAAUUGCUGUUGCUUUACUUUUCUUAAAUUUCUAUUAUCACCAUUACAAGUGCAAUAAUAUCAAGUAAUAAAAUUCCUUACUGGAUGGACUUUAA